CGAGGAGGGUAGAUGCAGGGUUGUUCCGCGAAGGAGCUCCGCUGGCGCUAAGGCUGCGGUAAUUGCGGACAGACUGACUGCAGCCUCCCAGGACAACCCCUUUGGAAAUGUUCCCCAAGGUGGACAAGCCUUUGGGCCAUCAAGAAGCCAGAACGGGAGCCACAAGGUCUCAAAGGCAAGCUCCCAAGGCCACAGCAGCCAGUUCCGAUGAGCUGUCUGAGGAGUCCUGGCCAUCCAGUUCAGGGACCCCUUCCCCACCCAGUACCACUGAGGGACAAAGUACCUCUCCACCCCGCAACUUAAUUGACAAUGAAGACUCAGUAGUAGCCAAGUACAUAAACAGGUUCCGCCAAGCUCAGCCCACGAGCCGAGAGGACCGCCAGCCUGCAGGUCCGACCCCAGCUGACUUUUGGUGGCUACAGCCUACAUCAGACUUGAGUGGUCACCUUGCAGCAGCAGGAGCUGGUGAACCUACAGGAAGAUCUGCCAUGACCGGUCCAUCUCCCACUGGCGUGUCCAGUACAUCUCUGGCUUCUGCGCCUCUUCAGAAAGUAAAGCAGAGUCUGAACUCAUGGAACUCAUCUCUGCUGGACUUGGAGACCCUAAGCCUACAAAGCCGAGCGGCCAAGCUGCUCAAGCGCAGCAAGGCCUCCCUCAAUCCCAAUGAUGCCCGCAGCUCCUCCUUCCCCAUCAGCUCUGAUGGCCUCUCUUUCUGCUCUGCGACCUUCAAUCCGGACUCCAACAAGAGUUCUAAUCCCAAAGAACCUGUGCUGGGAGCAGCCCCGGUGCCAUCCCAGGCCAUCCCUCCACCGCGCCCAGUCUCGUCCCAGGCAACACUUAAGCCUGAGGAAGACAUUUUAUACCAAUGGCGGCAGCGGAGGAAGCUUGAACAGUCUCUACAGGGUGGAGGUGACGGAACCUGGGUGUUGCCUCAGACGCCGGCCCUCACCACACAGACUCCUCCUGUCUCUGCUGUGAAUCUUGGUUCCCAGGGGACCCAGCCUAACUGUGCUCCACCAUGUGGCAGUGUGGCCCAGCCUCCUCCCCCACAAGCCUUCUAUCUGGAGAGACCACCUCUCUCAGGGCCGUCUCCACACAUCUGGGCCCCCGGCACCCACGGGGUUCUCUGGGCCCCACAGGCCAAUCCUUGGGUACCUCUCGGGAUGCUUCCUACCACACUGCUAACCUCCACCCUUGCUCCCUUGGCUUCCUUUCCUGUACCACCUACCUCCACUUCAACUACCCCAGCUCCCACCCCUGCUCCCCAGGUCUGCAUCCCAGGGCCCCCAACCUCCGCUCCACCUCCCUGCCCUUCCACCCCCGCUUCCACCCUACCACUGUCUGACACCCCCCAGGGACCAACCAUCCCUGAGCUGAGUAGCUCUAUCCAGCCCAAGAAGGUGGGCCCCAAGCCAAAGAGGGUGAGCACUUCGUCUCACCAGGAGACUACAGUGCCAGACACUGCAGCUUUCGAGGGUCCCUGUUCGCAGCUCAGGGGGGCCCUGAGCCAGGUAGUGACAGCUCAGCUGUUCCCGGACAGCCCGGAGGAUACGCCUCCAUCUGAGGCAGAUUCCCGGAAAGUCCAGGCCACCCCUUCUCAAGCCAAAGUUCCGCCACCUCCAUCUGAGUCUCGGCGUGGGUCCAAGACAGAAUCCCGCAAAAGUCAAGUCACCCUUCCAGCUGACGCUGGUGAUCCACAGCCGGCUACAGCCCCAAAGGCAUCCACACUGUCAGAGGACCAACCGUAUGAAUUCAAGAUGUCUGCACCCAAGACGGGAGCAGGUGACCCCUUGACCAUGGUCCCGCCUGCCCCAAGCCACGCCCCUUCCGAGGACUUGCUGUCCCAGGCUGCCAGACUUCUGCAGGCUGCGGAAGACUCCGACGGCAGCGAGUUUCAGGAAGACCCUGUGUUGCAGGUGCUAAGGGCUCAGAGGGCAGAGCUCCGGCAGCAGAAAAGGAAAGUGGAUGCCCAAUUAUCCCUCCUCUUGGAUCACACUCAAGACCCAGGACCUUCAUCUCCUCUAGCCAGGUCACCUUCCAGGUCCCCGAGAAUGCAGUUGAGGAGGGAAGGAUCCUCCCUUGAGGCUAGACGACUUUGAAUUAGAAAAGUUCUGUUUUUCCUGGGCUGAGGAGAUGGUUCAGUGGGCAAAGAACUUGCAAGUGUGAAGACUCGAGUUUGGAUCACCAGAACCCGCAUAGAGGUAGCGGACAGGCCAGCUGGCCCAUGGAGAUGGACGGGGCUCAAUCCAGGUGGAAGGCAAAUAUAAGUCUCUGAAAUUCUCUGACUUCCACACAUGAGCUGUGGGGCACACACACACCACCCCACACCACACCACACCACACAUACACCAU